GAUAUAGAUCCAUUACAAGACUCUAUUGACAGAUCGCCAUACGCAGAAAGAAAACCUUGAUCGAGAGUCCACAGAAAUUAGAUCCAUAUCGACAGAUCAGGCCAACUACGUACCAUGACAAUCUGCACAUCCUGCCGUGUUGCCCUUCGGCGCAGCAUCACACAUUCUACAAGACCUUUGAUAACUCGGUUCAUAACAACAAACUCACCAACCGCCGCCUCGAUCCUCGAGAAACCCACCUGGUCCGUUCGAAGCCUUCUACCAUCCUCGCCAUCUUCAGCUCCCGCAGAAAAGAUCACGCCCUCCCAAUUACACCACCUCCUCCGCCUCUCAGCCCUACCGUUGCCAACUGCACCCGAAGACGAAGCUGCCAUGAUCAAUACCCUCCAGAGCCAAUUGCAGUUCGUCCGCGCCGUGCAGCGUGUGGACACAACCGGGGUUGAACCCCUGCGGGCGAUCCGUGACGAGACCACAGAGGCUCGACAAGAGGUGACAAUUGGACUUACUGAAUUGCAAGAAGCUCUGGAUAAGGAGGUUCGUAUAGGGCAUUAUCAAAGGGCGAGGAGGCUUAGAGAGACGAUUGAGUCCGAGGCAGAGAAGUGGGAUGCCCUCAAGACGGCUGGCAAAACAGCGGGAAGAUAUUUCGUGGUUGAGAGUGGGAAGAACGAUGUGAACGGUGCUGAGUGAUUGCGAUAUACGAUUCGCAAGAUAGCUAGCUACCUUGUAUAAGUGCCCCUCAAUGAGAUACCCUUUUGUACAUUAAAUCCUCAAAUGGAAGAUUCUGAACCAUACGAUUCUGCAAUCAUGUUCGCUUGAACCUUG